UGUUCUAUGUGGCGAAGGAUAUAACUACACUCUUUAUAAAAUAAAAAAUACACCUGUGUGUUUAGCAGGAUCUCUACUUAUUCGCUAUACUAUUUAUAUAUACACAUAUAUGUAGAUAGAUAAAAAAGAAAUACUUACAACAUAAUAUAGAACAGAAAAAGAAUACCACAUAAAAUAGAAAAUAAUCCUUAAAGCACACAUCGUCGUGCUCCCAUCGCCACCACACUAUAUAUUCUCGCAUAUCCUUUCAACACUGUUGCUGUGUUCUCCUCACUUCUUGUCGUCGUCGUUGUCGUUGUCGAUUAUAGAAGGAUACCAAAAAAAUAAUAUUUGUUGUAACUUAAAACGAAGAAAAACGCUUCUUCCUUCUCCUAUAAAUACAUACAUUUAUUUUUUUUCCUAUUUCGUCUCCGAGAGGUUCUGAGUGUACUAAAUUGUGUAAUGUCAAGUGCUAUCCUGUAAUCGUUUUCUAAUCAUCCACAUCGCCAUUGUCAUCAGCCAUCAGCCAUCAUCAUCAUCCUAGUCUCCUGCCUGAAUAUUACCACACUACUUUUCUCGGUGUAAAUCUUUUUUAACUUUUUUUUUUUCAAUUUCAAAAAAUUAAAAAAACAAAAUGUACAUAAGUGUGAUUUGAGAGUCAAAAGAAAAGGUCCUUUGAAUGUCCUUUUUUGUGCCCUGAAUUAAGUUUUUAAAGACAAACAAUUCGCGUCCAAGUUCAAGUAAAAGAUACAAGUUUUUAAGCAAAAAUAGAGUAUUAUAUUUCGUGUGUCGUGUCGUUUUGUCAUUUUGUCGUGCCGUGUUGUCUAUGUCGUUGUUGUUGUAGUUGUCAUUGUCGCUAUGUAUGUCGUGUAUAUAUUAAAACUCAUCAAAUGUUAUCAUCGCGUAAGAUUACAUUAAGACGAAAAAAGUGUGUAUAUGCCAUUGCAAUGUUUUGUCAGCUGGUAGCUUAAAAUAAAACCAUUUCAAAUCAGAGUAAAAACAAUAACAAUAUGAGAUUAUGACUCUCAAUGUUGUUAUAAUAAUAUUUUUUCAAAAAGUUUGACUUCAAAAAAAUUAAAAACAAAAGUAAAAAACUUCAGUUUUCGAAUUGAAUUUACUUUGUCUUGUUUUUUGUAUCCUUUUUUCUAUUAGGAGGUAUAUCCUCUUGCGUGUUUCGUGAACUUGUAGAAAAAAUAGAAGCGAAAAAAGGAAUAUAUCUUCACAUACGCCCUCAGAUACUUCACCACCCCUUUUUUCACUUCUUUCUCGCUGACAAUAUGUGUAUACGUGUGUGUGUGUAUGAGGACUUCUUUUUCCCAAAAUAACAACAAAACGUGUGCUGAAGUUUUCAAAGGAUAUAAUAGUGGCUCGAGGAUAACAAAACAGAAAACAAAAAAGCAAGAAAACACAUCACAAGUGGUAGUAACGAAAAACAUAAAAUUUGCCUAAAAUAACAACAACAAAAAUAACAAAACAUACAUCGGUGUAAACUGUGUGUAGCUGGGUAAAAUAAUUAAGAGCGAAGGACCAUCGCUAUGUAAAGUCUUUUUUUUGUUUUUCUUCCAUUUUUUAGUCGAAUGAAUUUAAAAUUUACAUAUUGGAAUUUAUUGUGUGUGAUGUUAGAUUGAAAAAUAAAAUACACUACACAACAUAAGAUACAAAAUGAAAACCAUACCCGUUUGUAUGUAUUUGUAUAUGUUUAGUUUAUAAUACAAUCAUUGUUAUAUGAUAAUAUACAACCAAAAUCCAAACAAGUUGAUAACUCUAUUUCUCUAAUUAACCAAUAUAAAUAUGUAAUUAAAAAUCACAACAUAGACCACCGACAACAUAAAGCUAUUAAGAGGAGAGCUAUUAUUAUAUGCCAGAUGAUGUUUUAUUGCUUGAAAAAGAGAUUGACAAAUUAAAUGUAAACUUGAUGAACAUGCACCGAACUUUUUGCUUCCGUUACUGUUUUUCCAAUAAAUAAAUCAUAAAUUUUACUAAAACAACCAAAUAUUUCCAUUAAAAUUAAAAACAUAACAUAUAUAUUAAUAAGCAUUUCGCGAUGUUUAAAGAUAAUUCGCCGUGUAGAUGCUCAAAUUAUUACGUGUUCCUUGCAAAAUCCGUCUACUUCUGUUUAAUGCUAAAAAAAUCACAAAACUAAAAUUAAACAGCAUUAAGACAAAAAAAACGAAAGAAAUGUUUUUCAACAGAUAAAAGAUUAUUAUAUUUUAUUUGUACCUCAAAUAUUGAAGAAAUGAAAUAUAGAUGUUAUUUAGAUAAAACAAAACCAAAGAAACAUUAUUUAUUAUCCCAAAAGUGUCUUAUUAAUAAAAAUAAAGAAGAACAACAAGAAACAUAUAAAAUCCUUUUUGUAAACGUUGUUGAACAUUAAUUUAAAAAAAUAAAAACAAUAUUAUUUUUUACGUUAUUGCUUCUUAGAUAAAACAAAUCAAAUUAAAAACAAAAAAUUAAAAGAUAUAAAUGUAUUUAUAAAUGUUUUAUAUAAUAUUGUAGUGUGUUUAUAUUGCAUUAGGUAAAAUAAAUUAGGAUUGUUUUAGCCAAUGGAAUAAUAUUUUUAAAAGCAACCCUUGGAUGUGAACACAAAAAUGCGCUUUAAUGUUGUGUAAAAUUAGCUUAUUUUAUGUAGUGUAAUUUAUUUUGUAUUUUUUAAAUCAAAUUUGCUACAAAAUUGAAAGAAAAACAAAAAAAAUCUAACAACAAGAUAUGGUUGCCAACGGCUUUUACAUUUAUAUAAUAGAUUAAAUAAAUCUAACUUUAAAUGAAAUGCAAAAUAUAUUUAUGUUAUAUAUAUUUGUAUGGAAAGGUCAAAAGAAGCAAGUCAUUAUUAAAAAAACUAAGAAGUACAGUAAUAAUUUGAAGACAAUAUCAACAAGAAAAUAAAAAAACAAAAACUAAACAAACAAAAAUUAAAAUAAAAAAAAAUAUAGGCAUAUUUUUGUAUUUAUUAAAUGAAACAUUUUUUAAUUAGUUUUUUUACAAGCAUAAAACAAAACAAAAAACAUAGUUUUUUUAUAAAAAAUCAAUUUUAAUAUAAAAAAAUACCCAGAUUUAUACAAAACAAAAGCGAUGUUAAAAUAAUUUAUUUUCAUACAUUUAGUAUUUUUUAUGAGCAAAUAAAAAAACAACCAUAUUUUUUGUCAAUAGUUUAGUUAAAUUUAAAAAAUUAACAAACAAAAAUAUUUUUGAGUAACAUUAGAGGACAAAAUUAAACCACAACAUUAUAGAUGGUUUCAGUGAAAUUUUAACAUUUAUUUUUUAUCCAAUUCAACAAGAAACAACUCAAUCCACACCGACAUUCAAUUUUUUAUAUACAAAGUACAAUCAAUUGACAAAAAGAAGAAAAUAAACAAACAAAUUAUCAUUUUGCAAGUUAUGUUAUUAAUUCAUUUUUAAACUUAAACCUGCAACAAAAAGAAACCAAGUUUUUAUACAUAAAUAUACAGGGAAAAUUUAGAAGAAAAUUAAACGACAUUCAGCAAACAUCACAAUCAGCACUUCAAGCAUAACAAACAACAACAAAACAGGAUACACAGACAACUCAGCGAAACUUUAGGCAAAAACUACAAAUGACCGCUCGAAAUUAUCAAUAUUUUAUCCCAAGGAAACUGUAGAUUAUUUAAAUUUUUGUUAGUGCUUAGAGAAAACGACGACACAGGUGCGAAGCGAAUACCAUUUAAAAUCUUCCAAAGAUGUAUGCAGCAGCAGGCGGUGCCUCUUUGGCAUCGCGACAAGCUCGUCAGCGUCAACGCCAACAAAAUAAAACCAAAGCAGCCCAAGCGAAACUUCAUCCAGCAUCGAAAGCGCUGGCAAUUCAGCUGGCAGCCGGAACACCGACAACAAGUCAGCAACAGUCUAGGCAAUUCCAUCAGCUGCCCUCGACCUAUCUGCGAACCCCUCAGGCACAGGCGCGCAAACUCAGUGCCAGCUACACCGCACAAAGUAAACUCCUACUGCCAAUCGAUGAAGGUGACGGACAAUCGCUGCACACCCACCAUGCUCAUCGCCAUCACGAUUUCAUCGGAAGGACCUCGAAGCUGGUGCAUCGGCACUCGGGUAGCGGAGCAGCAACAUUUCAUCACUCGCAUCUAACCAAAUCAGCCACCGCUACACUUCCGUUGGUGUCUCAAAUGGACGCCACACCACCGACUUCGCCGCUAGUGGCGGUAAACAACUCAAAACCCACAGCAGACGAGGACACAGGUGGGCACAUGCAUAUGCAGGUCCCACAAGAUUCCAUCAUAGUCACACCUGCCACGCCAAUGGCGUCACCAGGUCACGUAGCUCGAGGCGGCGACCCCACUGCUAUCUCUAGCGAUGAGACAAACAUAGCCCCCCCUAUAGGCCAAUUGGAACGCAAGUGCAGCGUCUAUCGCAUGCGUCGCAGUGAUGCUUUUGAACAGGACAUAACGGACAAUGUGAACGCAGCACAUCAUUUCGAACCAUGCACUGAUGAGACGAGUUUGAUUUUUAAGGGUCUUCCAAAUGGUGGGGGCGGUCAUAAAUGGCAACCUUGUGCGUAUUGUGAAGAGGGCAUAUGCGUUUGCGAGCAUCCUGAGUGCGCACAGGGUCGAGCAGCAUGGCUGGAACGCGGUCGUCGUUGCAGUGUCCAGGAUAACAAUCCAACUGCCUGCCAUCGAAGAUGGGUGAAACGAAAUCGAAUACAAGAUGCAUCUCUUGGUGGCUCAUCGGACGAUGAAGACUUUCUGGGUGUUUUAAGGGGACCUAGCACAUUUGCGAAUGCCUUCCUGUAUGUCGGAUUAGGUACAAUAGCACUUGGAUUAGUGAUAGCAUUCGUAGGAACCGGCGAAAAAGGGUUCAAAACUGUGGAAUUAAGACUUAUAGGACCUUCAUUAAUAGGUAUCGGAUUAAUAUGUUGCAUUUUACGAAUAUUAUUUUGUAUAUGUCCAUCGCAUUGCAUAUCGUCAAACAAAAAAGCUCGUAAAAAGCAAGGUAAUAAAGUUGACGCUGAUCAUACAACUUCAUUGUUGCGUGGUGAAUCAAAACGUGUAUCAAUAGCUAGAGGACCUAAUAGUGCACCGAAAUAUCCCAUCACUCACAAAAGAAGUAAUAGUAAAAUGCUCAACGAAGGCAUGGAAGCAUUACGCCAAAUUGCUACAACAUCGUUAUUCAUGCAAAACGAACAAAAACUUUCGAUGAAUCGUGUAGUUCCUAUCAUCAAAGAACCAGAAAAAAUAGUGGAAGCACCAUUAGAAAUGAAAAAACUCGAUACUACGAAUGUUUGUGAAAUAAGCGAAGACGAAGAAAAUGAGGAAGAUGAAAAUACUACAAUGGUAGUUGUGCCGAUAACUUGCACCACCAGUAUUGUCAAUGAACGACCACCAUUAGAACGAACCUCUAGUAAAUUGUCCCGACAAAGACUGUCACUAAAUCAACAGCACCAACUUCAACAAAAGCAACAUCUAAUGACGCAAACGUCAAGUGAAUCCGGUGAUUUAUUAAUGGAAACGUCGCUAAUGGUUAUAAAUCCAACUGCUAGCAGCAACAGCAGCUGUAGUAAGGGAAACUUGACAAUCCGACCACCGUCAUCACCGACGACAACGACAGCAACGGCGACGACGAUGACGAUGACGAAUAAAACAACUCCUACAACAACAACAACGACGACGAUGGUGCCGCCAAUAACAUCGAAAGAAACACCACCUCGAUUAUCACCACCACCACCACCAUCAACAUCAUCAGUUCUACCCUCAACCUCCUCGAAUACACUUUCGCCGCCGCCAGCAGUACAAUCAAUGUCAUUGCAUGUCCAGCAUUCACAACCCCCAACCAUUAAUAGCAAUUUCGAUUUACCCCCAUCGACUCCCCACAAAUAUACUCCCCACAAAUAUACAAGCAACAACAACGCAACGUCUUCUUCGUCAUCAUCCCUAUUAUCAUCACCAGCGCCAUCUAUAACAACUACGGCAGCAAUGAUGACCCAAUACCAGCAACAACAACAACAACAAACAAAUGUCUUACCUGGCCAGGUAAUAGACAAUGGGAAUCUACUGCUGCUGCCUACAUCGAAAUUGGCAACACCACCACUGCCAGGAAGCAUCAGCAGCAGCACCAUUAGCACCAGCAUAGAGUCGAAAACGCGUACAACGCCAAAUCUGGCAACAGCGGCAACUAGUAGUAGUAGUAUGAUAGCAAAUACACUGAUACCACCCCCAUCAACGCCAUCGGCAGCAGCGUUAAACUUUGAACCCGAAUUACUCCUAAGUCCCGCUAAACUUGGGCAGUAAAAGUGUUUUAAUUUUUGAUUUCUCCUUAUAUGGACCUCCCCCCUUACACCAAUAACAAUAACAUUUUAGCUGCAAUACAAUAAAUUGAAUGUUUUGAUUUUACAGGUAGAAUAACUAUAUAACGGAUAUGUGUGUGUAGCUAUGUAUGCAUGUAAAUUGUAUAUGUAUGUAUAAGAAUAUGGCCGGAAAUGGGAUUUGCAUUUCGUGGCAAAAUAUAUAAAAAUAAAACGUUGAAAGCAAAAACAAUAAUUAUUAUAAUGGGGCAAAAAACAUUAUUUUUAUUUACCCAUAAUUUAGAGUUUCCAACUUUGGAAGGCACAUUUUAUAAUAAUUGUGAGAUGUUAGAUUAUAAUUUUAUAGCAAUUUUUGUUAAGGUAUAUUUUUCAACAUAUGUACAUACAUAUGUACUUCCACACCAACAAUAAUGGGUAAAAGGAAAGUGCACAUAUUUACAAUUAGUUGGGUUAAUUAUUUUUGUUAAAUUUGAAUUCUAAAGGCGCUGUAUUUUUAAUUAUAGGCCAUUUGUUUAAGCUACUUCACAAUAUCGCGGUAAGGUUUUCUAUAUUUGAAUAAAGUAAUGGGGUUAGUUGUUAAGAGAAUUCUAGUUUCUUGAGUCAUGCGGUGUUUUAAGUUAAGGAUACUUGGCUUGGCAAUGAAUGUAUAGAAUGUUGUGGACGUUUUAACUGCAAUUAUGUUUGAAAGUGCAGUUUGAAGGUGAAAUUUGUGUGCAACAGAACUUUAUAAGGAUUGACUUCAAAACAAAGAAAUUUAAAAUCGACUACGAACUAAAUAACUAAAAGAGGCGGAUAUCUACUCAUACGUGCCCGUCUGUCGAUAUUUCAAAAACUUUUACAAAAUAUUGAUAACAAUAUUUUGUGUGAAUUUACAAAAAAAUUCAAAUUAAUGUCUUCUUUGUAGUUAUUGUAGGCUUUCGUGUUUAAAAAAAAUUGUAAUUGAAUGUUUUAUAAAAAUUAAUUAAAAGUUAGAUACAACAUUUUGCAUAUGAUGGAAUAAUAUUCAUUUCAAUAUCCGUUUUUGUUCCAGACAUUUUUAAUAGAAAAACAAUUUUUAUCAAUUUUAAAAGCAUUUUUGAAUGUUUGUAUUUGUUUAGUUUUUCUAAGAACACUGCCUUAUUUUUUAUUAAAAAAAACAUUGCUUCAAAUUCGAUCUACGUACGGUGAUAGUCAAAUUGAUACCUAAAAAGCUUUGAUAUUCAUUUCCAAACAAAUAUGUUUAUUCUGAAUAGAGCUGCCAGACGCAUUUUCUUUGUUGGAUUUUUUUCGUUAAAAAAAACUUUGAUACUUUCAUUUAGAUAUUUUAUAGGAAUCACUUAAAUUUCACCAUUUCAAUUGAAUUCACACAGACGAAAAGCUAGGAGAUAGUCAAUUUGACUAUCAAAUUGACAUUUGAAGUCAAAAUCGCGACUGGUUUUUCAGAUAUGGACGACGUACAGGCGUACAAACGUACGAAAACACAGACUCUAAAAAUCUUUGCUUUGAACUUCGAGAAAUGUCAAAUUUUUAAUUUGAUAAAUAGGACCGAUUACAAUAUACACAAAAUUGGACGGUUGCACGAACUUGUUCCUGUAUCCAAAGAUUAUUUAAAAAUAGUAUAUAUAAUUUAAGCUCUAAAUAUAUGCCUGCAAAAUAAUUUUCUCUUCAAAAAUUUAAAUGCCAAUCCAAUUUUCAAAAAAACUUAACUAUUCAAUUUUUUUUCCAAUCGUUAGAACUUUUUUUAAAAAGAGACUCUGUUACUUAAAAAAUAUUUUUAUUAUGCAGUUGUUUAUAUUAAUUUAUAUUUUGUAUUUAAAUUUCCUUAAAAUGUUUUUAAAUAAAAAAUACGUUUUGAUCAUUAAAUAGUAUCAAGACAAUAUAAGACUUGGAGCUGAAAAAAAAUCGAUGUAUGAGUUCCUAAGAAACUUUAAAAACAUAAUAACGGUUAUGUAAGAGGCACGCUUUUCGAGCAAUACAAACAAAUUUUUUUUAUUUGAAAGAAGCCAAGUUAAGAAAAAGAAUUUUAGAAAAAUUUCAUACAAACUAACAGUUCGUUUUUAAGUAUAUUCGAAUUUUCAACUUAACUUCCAAGUUUAAGCUUAAUCGACCCACAAGCAGACAGACGGAAUGGUGUAACCCACUUUUUUAAACAAGUAAAAAUGACAGUCAACUGAUAGAUAAUUUUUUAUUUGAAUCUAUCAAAUUUAUUUAAAAAUGAAAUUGAUUUUAUAUUUAUCAUGAAAUUUAGCUUUAUGAAAUGAAAAAAUUAUUUAAAAUGUGUCUUCAUGAUUUAAAACUCCUAAAAAGCUUAUAGAUAUUAUUUAUUAUCAUUUUUUUCAUAAAAUAUUCAAGCUUCAUGUGCAUUACUUAAGUUUGCCUUUCUGUAACUUUAGUUAAAUGUGCAACAAACAAUCUUUUCUUUAAAGAAGUGUUAAAUAAAAUUUAAAAAUUCAACUUUGCCGGGUAGGUAAGAAAGAAAGAGAAAAUAUAUAUAAAAUGUAUUAUAAUUAAACAAAAAAUAGGUAUCUAUAAACUAUUCGUCUAGCUGUGCAUGCAUUUCGUACUCAACCACAACAAAACAAAAUAAUAAUGGAGCGAUAAGAAAUUAUUAUAAUAAAACAAAAUAAACAAUGUGUAUAAAAUUUGUAGGCGUACCUAAGAAAAAUUAAACUAAAUUAAUUAAAAAUAAAACUAUAAACAAAACAAUUACUUAAGUCCUGUAUAUUUGAUUUUAAUAAAUAAACAAAAAAAAUAAUUUAAAAAAAUAUAUAUAUAUUUAAAACAUAAAAAAAUAAUUAUAUUUUUAAUGCUAUUAAGUUUAUAAACAUAUCGUUUAUCUAAAUUUUAAAUGAGAGACAAAACUAUGUUAUUUGUUAUAGUAAUUGUGAGUAUAUAAGAAAAACAAAAAGGGAAAGGUAUGAAUUAUUUAUAAUAGAAUAUAAAUAAAAAAGAACAAUUAAAUUAUUUAUUAUAUAUACACAAUAUAUAUAUACCUAUAUAUAUAUAUAUUAAAAAGGAAUUAUUCAAUUUAUGAGCAUGUAUGUGCUUGAAUUUAAAAUUAUAAACAAGAAAACAAACAAAAAAUAUACACCUAAAAGAAACGGAAAUGAAAUUAAACAAAAUAAAAUUAUUUAAGUUAAUGUCAACCGCUAAAUUGAUUCCAUUAAUACAAGUGUAUAUAUCAACAACAACAAAAUAUGCCAGAUAAAUUAAUAAAACAAAAAUAACUAGGAAGGCUCUCGAUGUAAAAAAAUAGAUGUGUAAACUGAAAUGAACGAAAUGAAUAAAGGAAGAUUGUAACGUAAUAUGAAAAUAAUA